GGGAACCGCCGGGCAACGGCCGCUUCCGGUUCCGAUGACAGCGGCGCCGGAAGUCGAGGCCGGGUCUGCGGGACGAGCUGACGGCCGGGGACUUCUGGGCCAGGGGACACGGGCCGAGGGCGUGUCGCGGCGGAGCUGGGACGCGGGGCGGUAGCCGUGCAGGGUUCGGGGUCCGGGCCUUGCGCGAAGCCCCCCGCGCGGGACUGUCCUUGGGCCGCUUGUCUCCUCAGUCGGCGGCCCGGGGCCGGGAGUACCCCGGCUGACAGGAGUCGCCGGCCGGCCGGGCCGGACCGAGGCAGAGGCCGCCAUGGAGCAGUGUGCAAGUGUGGAGAGAGAGGUGGACAAGGUCCUGCAGAAGUUCCUGACCUAUGGGCAGCACUGCGAGCAGAGCCUGGAGGAGCUGCUGCACUACGUGGGCCAGCUGCGGGCCGAGCUGGCCAACGCAGCCCUCCAGGGGACCCCUCUGUCAGCCACCCUCUCCCUGGUGAUGUCCCAGUGCUGCCGGAAGAUCAAAGACACCGUGCAGAAGCUGGCUUCGGACCACAAGGACAUUCACAGCAGUGUCUCCCGCGUGGGCAAAGCCAUUGAUAGGAACUUUGACUCUGAGAUCUGCGGUGUGGUCUCUGACGCAGUGUGGGACUCUGGGGAGAAGCAGCAGCAGAUUCUGCAGAUGGCUAUUGUGGAGCACCUGUACCAGCAGGGCAUGCUCAGCGUGGCCGAGGAGCUGUGCCAGGAAUCGACACUGAAUGUGGACUUGGAUUUCAAGCAACCUUUCCUGGAGUUGAAUCGAAUCUUAGAAGCUCUGCAUGAGCAAGACCUGGGGCCAGCGCUGGAAUGGGCUGUCUCCCAUCGGCAGCGCCUGCUGGAGCUCAACAGCUCCCUGGAGUUCAAGCUACACCGACUGCACUUCAUCCGCCUGUUGGCCGGUGGCCCUGAAAAGCAGCUGGAGGCCCUGAAUUACGCCAGGCACUUCCAGCCCUUUGCUCGGCUGCACCAGCGGGAGAUCCAGGUGAUGAUGGGCAGCCUGGUGUAUCUGCGACUGGGCUUGGAGAAAUCACCCUACUGCCACCUCCUGGACAACAGCCAUUGGGCAGAGAUCUGUGAGACCUUCACCCGGGAUGCUUGUUCCCUGCUCGGGCUUUCGGUGGAGUCGCCCCUCAGCGUCAGCUUUGCAUCUGGCUGUGUGGCGCUGCCUGUGCUGAUGAACAUCAAAGCUGUGAUCGAGCAACGGCAGUGCACAGGGGUGUGGAGUCACAAGGACGAGUUACCGAUCGAGAUUGAACUUGGCAUGAAGUGCUGGUACCACUCUGUGUUUGCUUGCCCCAUCCUCCGCCAGCAGACUUCAGAUUCCAACCCUCCCAUCAAACUUAUCUGUGGCCACGUCAUCUCUCGAGAUGCACUCAACAAGCUCAUCAAUGGAGGAAAGCUGAAGUGUCCCUACUGUCCGAUGGAGCAGAACCCAGCAGAUGGGAAACGCAUCAUAUUCUGACUCCUGUCUUUGAAGGAACUUUGCUGGAAUGUCUCCCCCCCCCCCCCCCAAUAAGCCUUGGCCUGAGGAUGGCUGGUUUCAGUACUGUGGUCCGCUUGGCCAGAACAGCUGGCUGAGGAGUGCUACUGUGGACAGAGGCCCAGAGAGAGGGGUGCCCACCUGACCUGGACAGUGGGCUCCUUAGCUGUGGCCUCUACUGCUCGUCUCCCUGUUUGUAUUUUUGCUGUUGACUUAGUAGCACCUGGCAGAAGAGGACUUGGCCAGUAACAGCACUCUCCAUACCCACUCUCCACUGGGUCUCUUAACGGCCACACUGGCACUUGUGUCCACCUUCUCCAGUGUAUGUACUCAUUUCCUACUGUAAAUAGUCUGGGCUAAAACUGAAUGCUCUCCUUUUAUAGCUUGGAGCAAAUAUAUUCACAGGUCUUCUCCUUA